AUGCCCGGCUCUAAACGACGAGCGCUCAAGAACCUCCUGUCUCCUCAUCACUCCCCUGCACCGCCCGCCCCCCUUCACCCUGUCGACUCCGGGACAUCCCUUGCUUCCAUCAGCUCCGCCCAGUCCGGGACGUCGAUAGCGACCGACCCAGGAAACUAUAUGAGCGAUGAGAAGCUGGAGCAGGAUCUGGAGCUUGAGAAGAUGCGUCAGCGGGAACAGGGGAUAGGACAUGGAGGAGGACUGCCGCCCGCUGAGACUGUGCCGCCUCCUGCGCCAAGUGGGAUGAUUGGGCGGCAAGGCGAAUUGGCAGGCGGUCAGAAUGGCCAGAGUCAGGCUGGAGAGGGGGGCGGAGGCGGCGGGAAGAAGAAGAGCAGUAAGCAGAAGUUUGAGGAGAGACAGGCGAGGAAGAAGGAGGCGAUGCUCAACUCUGCACCACCGUCGAAUCCUGAAUGGGACGCUCAGCUCGAGAAGGAGCGCCAGGAAGAGAUCAGGGUCAUCUCUGAUGCGUGCACCACGCUCGGCAGGGAAAUACACGAGAUCACACCUGAUGGGCACUGUAUGUACCAUGCCAUCGCGCAUCAACUCGCUUCCUUGGGCAUGAUCCCGUCCGACCAGGCCGACAAUCCUGGUUACACCCGUCAAGCUGCUGCAAGAUACAUGAUGGCCAACCCAGAAGAGUUCCGUUUCUUCCUCCCAUCGGUCAAUGGGGAAGAUACGGCCGAGGCGACGGAGCACGAGGGAGUCAUGACUGAAGAAGAGUACUCGAGGUACUGCGGGAACGUGCAGAAUACCGGAGAAUGGGGAGGAGAGCCGGAGAUACAAGCGCUCUCACGAGCAUUCAAGAUUCCUAUCCACGUAAUCCAACGGGGACCACCUACGGUCGUCUCGCACGGCGGCGUGAACGAUACCGCUGGAGGAUCGCUCACACCUCAGCAGAGCGUGGCGGAGGGGGACAGAGUGGUCAGGAUCAGCUAUCAUCGGAGAAUGUAUGGGCUUGGCGAGCAUUAUAACUCGCUGGCGAAGGCCGCUUAG